CUCCUUCUCAUCUUCUUCUUCCUUAUUGUACACUCUUCUUUGCUCCUCUUUCUUCGAAUUCAUCUUCGGAACUCAGUGUAAAUAUCUGAUCUCUUCUUCAAAUCUUAAAGUACAAUUUUUUUUUCUUAAAUAUAAAAUUAAUUCUAGAACAACAACACAGUAAGUAAAUCUUCGGUGUUCCUCGAAUUAUCUCGAGGGGUUUCGUGUUAGGAGUAAUCCUUUUUCUGUUUCCAUAGAAAAAAGGUGACUUUAAGAUUCCCCGAUAAACCGACGUUUUCCAGGGGAAUUUUGCAAAAAUUAAUUUCAGGAUAAUUCUUUAUUCAUUUGGUCUUGGUUCCUUUUGAUCUCUGAAAAAUCAAAACAAAAAGCUUCUUCCAAUGGUGAGUAUAGCAAUUUGCGCUAGUCCACCUAGCAGCGUGUGCUCCACGCCGCACCAGAUCGCCGCUUCUGAUUUCAAUCUGUCGACUUCCCCUUCCCAGAAACCGAUCGGAGGUCUCUCUUCGCUCUUCUCCGUCAAAUCAGAUGACUUCUCUUCGUCUCUGCGCCGUGAUCGUGAUCGUGAUCGGAGUGACGAUUAUAAAGAUCUGAGCUCCUUCUGUUAUUCUCCGGCGAGAUUCGCCGGCUCCUCCUCUUAUCACCGACGAGAUCGCCACCAGAGCCCUAUCUCUGUGCUCCAAGGUCCUCUCUCCUGUAGCUGCAGAACCGGCUCUUAUCGAGCCAAAGGCUUGUUCGAUAGAUUCGUUACCAAAGCCGUUGGCUCGUGUGUUGAUUACGAGCUGGGACCGUCUUCUCCUUCUUCUUCUUCGGAGGAGCUAACAACGUUUCCCAUGGAGGAUGAUACGAGACAGCCGUACGCUAGGAACUUGCUUAGACGCGCUCAGUUAAGACACAAGAUCUUCGAAGACGAGUCUGUGAUCAAAGCCUUUUACGAGGCUGAGAAAGCUCACAGAGGACAGAUGAGAGCUAGUGGUGAUCCUUACUUGCAACAUUGUCUCGAGACUGCUAUGUUGUUGGCUAACAUCGGAGCUAACUCAACUGUUGUCGUCGCCGGCCUUCUUCACGAUACCAUUGAUGAUUCCUUCAUGAGUUAUGAUUAUAUCCUCAGAAACUUUGGACCUGGAGUUGCUGAUUUGGUCCAAGAGGUUUCAAAGCUUAGUCAACUUAGCAAGCUAGCUAGAGAGAACAACACGGCGUGCAAAACCGUCGAAGCGGAUAGAUUGCAUACAAUGUUUCUUGCAAUGGCCGAUGCGAGAGCUGUUCUCAUCAAACUGGCUGAUCGUCUACACAACAUGAUGACGCUUUACGCCUUGUCCCCUGUGAAGCAGCAGAGGUUUGCCAAAGAGACUCUCGAGAUCUUCGCUCCUCUGGCUAACCGUUUGGGAAUCUCCAAGUGGAAAGUUCAGCUCGAGAAUCUUUGUUUCAAGCAUCUUUUCCCGCACCAGCAUAACGAGAUGUCGACCAUGCUCGAGGAUUCGUUCGACGAGGCCAUGAUCACUUCUGCGAUAGAGAAAUUGGAGGGAGCUCUGGAGAGAGAAGGCGUUUCUUACCAUGUUCUAUGUGGUCGGCACAAGAGCUUGUAUAGUAUUUACUGCAAGAUGUUGAAGAAAAAGCUAACAGUUGAUGAAAUUCACGACAUUCAUGGGUUACGUUUGAUUGUUAACAACGAAGGAGACUGUUACAAGGCCUUAGGAGUAGUUCAUAGCUUAUGGUCUGAAGUUCCUGGGAAGCUCAAGGAUUACAUAACUCAUCCCAAGUUCAAUGGGUAUCAAUCUUUGCACACGGUAGUGAUGGACGAUGGAACGGUUCCACUUGAAGUCCAAAUACGUACACAAGAGAUGCAUUUGCAAGCUGAGUAUGGGUUUGCAGCUCACUGGAGGUACAAGGAAGGUGACUGCAAAUACUCUUCGUUUGUACUUCAGAUGGUUGAAUGGGCUCGAUGGGUUGUGACGUGGCACUGCGAAACAAUGAGCAAAGACCGAACUUCCAUUUGUUCUUCUGACUCCAUCAAACCCCCUUGCAAGUUUCCCUCUCACGCCGAGGACUGCCCUGCUUCUUCUUACAAGCCUAACAGUAGCCAGGACGGGCCAGUCUAUGUCAUUGUAAUCGAAAAUGACAAGAUGUCUGUGCAAGAGUUUCCAGCGAGUUCAACAGUCUCGGAUCUGCUGAGCAGGGCGGGGCCAGGGAGCUCGAGGUGGUCCAUGUAUGGAAUACCAGCGAAGGAAGAGCUAAGGCCAAGGCUGAACCAGAGGCCUGUAAGCGACCUCAAGUGGGAGCUGAAGAUGGGUGAUGUGGUGGAGCUGACUCCACCAAUUCCUGAUGAGUCUCUGCCUGAAUACAGAGAAGAGAUUCAACGGAUGUAUGAUCGAGGGCUCGCGUUUUCUCGCCCUGGAACCAUGGUUGGAUGGGGAAGCUGAUUAGUCCUCUCUCUGAUUGUUGGUUUAGUCCUUCAUGUAUAUGUAAUGUAUAUAGUAAUGAUGAUUAGUUUUGUUGUACAUAACAAUGGUUCUUCUGUUGAUUCAAUCUAAGCUGGAAAAAAAAAUUAAUGAAUA